AAAAAAAUUUGUUAUAAUAAUCAUAAAAAAUAUUGUUUCUAAAUGAAAAAAAGCAAUGUGUAAAGAAUUUUAAACAAGUGUCUGGCGAAGCGUGUACGAGUUAAGUGUAUUGAUUGUGUUUUUCGAAAUCUUUCGUAUUAAAUUUCGUAUUAAAUUUGUUUUGUUUGCUUUCUUAAGCAAUAACUUAUUUAUUUAUAUAUAUAAUGCUUUUGUGUUUUAAUGUCAGCAUAAAAUUUACAUAUAAAUAUUUUUGGGGAUUAUAUUAUUAAACACACACGGUCUUCUCUUCCAUGCAAUCAUGCAUAAUAGGCAAGAGCAACGAAAACUUUGCAACGGCAGCUGAUACUGAAAAGUUAAACAAAAUUAUGGAUAAGAUUAAAACCGCAAUUUUUGCAACAGCAUCAACAUCGACAUCGACAUCACUAGCACUAAACUUUGCCGCCGCCGCCACUGCUGCUGCUUCUGCUGCUGCUGCUGCCGCCACCAUCAUUAACAACAACAACAACAACAACAUCAUCAUCUUUGCUACGAGCAGCCAUCACAAAAGGGUUUACGGAAUUUAAGCAAAAAUCUUCAAGUUGGCAAAAACACGAGCAGGUUCAUAAAAACAAAAAUUUAUGCCUACUGAAGAAAGCGAACUGACUGCAACUGCAAGCAAGCAAGCAAGCAAGCAAGCAAACAAGCAAGCAACUAACCAACCAACAAUAACAACGAACGUAACGAAAAAAUGCGCUGCUCAAGUUUAUUAGAGUGCAACAGUUUUCUAAAUGUUUGACCAUAAUUUGGUCAAUGUGAUUAUCGUAAAUUUCCGUGAAAAAAUUUACAAAAUAUAAAAAGAGAGAAAAAGAGAGAGAAAAGAAAAGAAAAAAAAAAAAAGAAGAAAAUAUCUGUGAAUACAGACAACAACAGAGUAAAUACCACAAAGUUAAGUAUCGUAAAUUAGUGAGCGAGUACGUGAAUACCUAUGAAUGUAAAUAAGAAAUGUGUAAAAAUGCUGAUGAUAUUUAGUAAAGCGCACUGCCAGCAACAGCCAAACGUCAAUACGUUUACGCGAUUCCUCAACGCAACUCAGUUAAUGUCAAUGUAGUCAUCAUCGACAUCAUCAUCAUCAUCAUCAUCAUCAUUAUUAUUAUUAUUAUUAUUAUUAUUAUUGUAGGCAAAGCCAUCAGAAGGCAUCGAGUAUUGCAUUGCAUUACAUAUUAACAGUCGUUUCUUGUCCGUGCCAACGUAACUUAAUAUAAAAGUCGCCUCGGUGUCGCUGAUUACGUUCGAACGUGUAACGCGCUUUAAUAAGAUCCUUUUUUUUUUAUUAUUUUUUGUUGUUGUUUUAUUAUUAUUAUUAUUUUUCUUGUUUUGCCUUCGCGUUUUACAUAUGAGUUGAGUUUGUUGUGUAAAUAAAAUGCGUGCAUAAAUUAUAAUAUAGAACUCAGUUAAUAUACAUUUAGAGUGUUUGUGUUUGUGUUUGUAUUUGUAUUUGUGAGUGUGUUAUGCUUUUGCCUCAUUUGAUUUGCAAGAGCGUAGGCAUUAUUAUUUUAGCUGUGCCUUUUGUUUAGUUGUCACUAUAAAGACUUGCAUGUGAAACUAUAUAAGUCCGUGCAUAAGGUUUUAAAAAAAAAAAAACCUCAAUUUUAUAUAAACAUACACUACCGAUGCGAGAAAUCCUUUUUCAACUUAUUACUAAGUAUCCUGGUUUAUGAUAAUGUCUUGUUUUUAUGGCUACAUCGGGCAAAGCAAAAUAUAAUUGGAAAUUAGUCAAAGGGUAUUAAACAACGUGCCACCAACAACAUCACCUUUAUCAUUAUUAUCAUCAUUAUCGGAACGUUAGUUCUCAUUUCAGUCAACAGCAGCCGCUACAACAACCACCAACAACAAAUUUAUAAAAUUUCAACACAAAAAGUUUCUAGCUAUAAUCAAAAUAUGGCUUCCUUGUCAAUUACCUGCCAUUACUUAACGUACCUCACAGUUGUUUACAUUUUAUUAAUAGUGAUGUUAUGCUGUCAUAAUGCUGUCGGUGUUUUGGGUAAAUCGCAAAUGUGUGAAGUAGAAACCGGUCAAACAAACAUUAUAUUGGAUAUUGAAGAGAGCAGAGGUGACUAUGUCGGUCAACAUACAAAUCCGCCGGAAUUACCCAUAUUCGGUGACCCGUUUACGGAAAUUGCUUUAGAUCUAGUCUUUCCCAAGGGUCAACCGAUAUUUCUAUUAAAUGGCAAAAGACUGCAGCUUUUACAACCUUUGGAUCGAGACGAAGAGAAUUUAAGUCACAUUGUUUUUCAAGUUUCAUGUACGAUACGGUCCUCACAGAAAAGACGCAAUAUACCGAUUAUUGUGCGCGUGUCCGAUGUUAACGAUAAUGCUCCCCGUUUCAUGAACACACCUUAUGAGGUUACAGUGCCUGAGAGCACACCAGUCGGUACGACAAUAUUUCGUAAUAUACAAGCAUUGGAUAAGGAUGCCGGUGUUAAUGGCCUCGUCGAGUACUUUAUUGUUGAGGGCUCAACGAAUACCACAGAAGACGAGAAGAUGACAAUUGCUGAUGGUUAUGGCACAUUUGCUAUAUCAUUUCCCCAUCAAGGCCAGGUUACUGUUGUUAAAACUUUGGAUUACGAGAAAAUUCAACGAUAUUAUCUGACAAUUGUCGCAUCGGAUCGUGCUCGUAAUGUUUCAGAACGUUUAACCUCAACGACAACGCUAACGGUGAAUAUUGCCGAUUCGGAUGAUUUGGAUCCGUCGUUUAUCUAUCGUGGUUGCGUUUUGUUAGACGGAGCUUGCAUUAAUCCAGAAUAUACGGCCUCAGUACCGGCCGGAUCAUUGCAGGGUGUUCUCACCGUUACACCCGAACGUAUUCAAGCUGUCGAUUUGGAUACAAUUAGUUCACCGAUACGUUAUUCCUUUGCUAAAGGUAUGCCCGGUAAUUAUGGUGAUUACUUUGAAAUCGACGAACAGACCGGAGUUUUGAAACAAAUCAAAGCAGUUGACACUUCAACAGCCAAGAAAUAUGAUAUUAUUGUUAAAGCGGAAGAAGUGUCGCAAGCUAAACGUUUCACCACCGCUAAACUGACCAUUAUGGUUAAACCGGUAGACGCUAAUCCACCGAUAAUAUCAGCCAGCUCUACGGAGGGUUACGUUGACGAGAACUCGCCAGUAGGCACAAAAGUUCUCGAUAGUCGUGGUAAACCGUUGUCCUUUAAAACUACAGAUGCCGAUCUUAACGAAGACGAUCCCAAGCCGGACUAUAUUUAUGAGCUGACGACGCCUUCAUUUGAAGUAACUGCGGAUGGCAUAUUGGUGGUUAAUGAAGAAGGCCUCGAUCGCGAUCCUCCUUCUCCAGGACGUUUUAAAUUUCAAGUGGUUGCCAGGGAACCCAAGACGAAUGCUGCCAGUGCUCCUCUUAGUUUGACAGUAAUACUGCGCGAUGUUAACGACAACGCCCCCAAGCUAAAUAUGGUGCCGCCUGUUUCAAUAACUGCCGGAGAUGGGGUGCGCAAAGUAGCCCAAGUAUUAGCCACCGAUAAUGACGAAGGCGUGAAUGCUGUAGUUAACUAUUCUCUUUAUCACAUCUCCAAUAAUGGAAUGCAAAAGUUUUCCAUUAACGAGCAAACAGGAGAAAUUGAAACACGUGGACGUCUUUUGGCUGGAGAGCAAUACAGCAUCACCGUGCAAGCUUCCGAUGUGGGCGGACUAUCAUCUCAAGCCAUUGUCGAAGUUAGCGUAACACCAGGACCUAAUACUAAGCCACCGAAAUUUGCGAAAUCCGUUUACGAAGUGCAAGUUAGCGAAGGCGCCGAAAUCAAUUCUACUGUGGCAGUAAUACACGCGGAUGAUCCAGAAAAUGAUCCGGUUGUAUAUUCUAUUCUAUCUGGAAAUGACUUGAGGCAAUUUGCGGUUGGUCAAGAAAGUGGCGUUAUAGCCGUCAUACGUAAAUUAGAUCGUGAAAGUCUUACGCGUUACCAGUUAAUCGUUAAAGCCGAGGAUAAUGGAGGUUUAUCCAGCAGUGCUACCGUUAACAUUAAAGUAACCGACAUUAAUGAUAAAAAUCCGGAAUUCGAUGAAUCGACCUUACCCUAUAUUUUUCAAGUGGACGAGGGUAAUACUCAGUCUUUUGUUGGUAUGGUUCAUGCCACCGAUGCCGAUGAAGGUAUUAAUGCAGCCAUCACUUAUUCCAUUCCUAGCGACGUUCCUUUCGCUAUCAACGGCAAAUCGGGCGAGAUACGAACAUCGGCACAACUCGAUUAUGAAAAACAAAAGGAAUAUCGUUUUGUUGUGACUGCGAAAGAUGGCGCUCCUGACGCUCGCUUGGGUACUGCCAGCGUUACCGUCAUGGUUCGCGAUGUACCCGAUGAAGUACCAAAAUUCAUGGAAUCACGUAUUGAUGUACGAGUACCAGAAAAUGAGGCUGAUAUUACAAUAGCCACUGUUCAGGCUUUUGAUCCGGACACUAUACCUGAAAUUACUUACGUUAUACGUAAAGGCUCUACGGAAAUGUUUAAAAUUCAUCCGAAAACUGGUGAAAUUCGUACUACCAAUGGUUUGGAUUAUGAGAAGCAAAAACAACACGAGCUAAUUGUUGGGACUAUAGAGAACGAUGGUAAUAGUGCUGGUGACACGGUACGUAUAAUCGUUGAGGUUGAAGAUCGUAAUGACAUACGGCCGGUAUUUGUAUCGGUGCCAGAGCCAGUGACCGUAAACGAUGACCAGUCGAUUGGAGCCAUGAUUGCCACCAUGCCAGCUAUAGAUGGUGACGGUUCGUCGCCGGGUAAUGUAGUGCGUUACGAAAUGGUGGGACGGGGAAAAGCAUUAAAAUAUUUCCAAGUCGAUCCCGAUACCGGAGCGGUGCGCAUUAGGGAUGAGCUACGUAAAGAAGAGGAUACGGAAUAUCAAGUAGACAUCCGCGCCUAUGAUAUGGGAGAACCGCAGCUCAGUUCUGUCGCCACCUUACCAGUAUUCGUAAGACAUUUGCUAACGGAUCCCAAUGAAGAUAACUCGAUGGAAGGUAAAAUGGACAAUGGUGUUAUAAUGUCACCCGAAAGUCUCGGAUUAGCUUUCAGUGACGACAGCUACACCACCGGUGUACCAGAGACAACUGGCAUAAAUGCGACUAUCAAACUUAUACAAGUUAUCAAUUCGAAGAAAUCGGUUCGCAGUAAUCCUGGUUUCAAAUGUGAAAUCGUCAAAGGCAACGAACGGGGUCUAUUUAAUGUGACCGUUGAAGAUCACGGUUGCGGCAUACAAUUAAUUGAACAUUUAGAUUAUGAAAAUAAGACCACUUACUCUCUGCAGAUCCGCUUAGUAUCGCACAAAUAUUUCAUUAAUCCUCAAAAAAGCACUACCAGCGUUAAAAUUAUAGUUCAAGAUGAAAACGACAAUGCGCCACAAUUCGUUUUUAAUCGUUUAAAGGGACGAAAAGAAACUUUCUAUGCCGUGGUAACGCCGGAAAUGGAUAUUGAUACGCCUAUCUUGCAGGUGAAAGCUGUCGAUCGUGAUUCCGGCAAAUUUGGUAUGAUCCGUUAUAAAAUCUUCGACGAAGAUGACAACAAUAUAAGUGAUGAGAACUUGCCCACCACCUAUUUUAUUAUGACUGAGGACACGGGCAUAUUGAAAACUGCCAAAUUGUUUCGCGAUCAAGCACGAUUUCCUAUGAUCUUUUAUGUAGAAGCUCGCGAUAACGAUGGCCAAGAAAUGGGCUCUCAUCGUACGCGAGCACGAAUUGUGAUUAAUCAAAUCACGGAUAAGAAUCGCUUAUCCUUGGUUUUCUCGGAUGCUACUCCCAACGAAUUGCGCAAUCAUUUUGCCAACCUAGAGGAACUUUUCUCCGAAAAAACCGGCGGCUUAGUUAGUGGCAUCGAACGAUUUAGUAAUCGAAAGUUUUUAAAUGAAAACGGUAGCAUUGUAGAGAACCCUGCAGCUACAGACGUUUGGUUCUAUCUGAUUGAUCCUAAAAGUGAAACGAUUUUAAGUCGUAAUGCCAGCGUUAUCGAAGAAACUCUUUUAGAACCUAGUGCCCGUUCCGAAUUAAACUUUGCUGCUUCCGGUUUGGCCCGAGCAACUGCGGAAGGUAUACAUUCCCCAAUCGAACUAAGGCAACAGGUUCACAAGGUAAAAGCGGCCAUAGCCAUUAACGAUGAAGUCUUUCCCUACACCCUAAUUGCCAUUUCCGUAAUUAUUUUAAUUUUGGGUACUAUUGGUAUUAUCUAUAUAUGCAUUUCCUGGUCCAAAUAUAAGAAUUUUAAACAACGCAUGCGUCAAUAUUCAACGCCCAGCCCUACGCGUUAUGAUCCGGUUAUAAUCAACUCUCAAGUACCUAAUGGUGGGGAUGCUGGCUCCAAUCUAAAAGAAUAUGAAACUCAAGUUUUGGCAAUGGCUGUACCGCCCGAUGCUGAUGACGAAAUGCAAUUAGAUUAUAGCGCUAAGAAUCAUGCUUUCUCCUUGGAUAACGUAAGCUAUAUAACGCAUAAAGAUCACAACGGCAGUACAAAUGGUGGCCAAGCGAGCCCAUCACAUUCAGAAGCCACUACGGCCACUAUUGCUACACUAAGGCGUAAUAAUAAUAAUAACAACAAUUUGAACAAUAUGUCCGCCAAUAGUAAUAUUAAUAAUCAUACGUUAAAUAAUCGCCAAAGUACGUUUAAUGUACGCAACAACAAUAAUCCGCUGGCGUCGGGUAUGAAUGGCACGCUUACUGGUACCUUAACGUUGGGUCGUAUUAAACAUCAGAAUAGCAAUCAUUAUCAGAAUGGAGGCUACAAAAUGGAUGCGGUUAGUAGAAAUAAUUUAACAAAUUUACAAAAUAAUGCGUACAGUACACUGGGACGAAGGGGUAACACAUUUGGGAAUAAUUCGAAUUUGAAUGGCGGUAACUUAAGUCGCGGUGAAGGAGAGCAGGGGAACCUAAGUGGUGAGCUGAUGACCAAUACUUUGGGUCGCCAACAGCAUCAGCAUACAACUAUAAAUCGUACAUAUAAUGAAGUGCCAAUAGCCAAUCCAUUAUUCCAAAGAUCUGAUUUAAGUCAUGUGAGCAGCACCAAUGAAAAUGUUUCAUUUGGCAAACGUGAUUACGGUCAGAUGGGUUUUUCGUAUCUCAAUGAUUUGGAUCGCUCUGAAGUGGAAACGACAACGGAGCUAUAAGUUUUUACAAAAAUUACUACAUGUUACUAGAUAAGCUGUAAAUAAUUUAGAAAAGUUAUUAUUAUUAAAAGACAUUAUCCAACCCCCCAAAAUAAAGCCAAAAUCUAUUUCGUUAAGUUAAUAUAUAAAGAAUAUAAAAAUGAAGAACGAAAUUAGAAAACUUUUCUGUUGCCAUUAAGUUAAUUAUAAAGUUAAAGUUAAUUUUUUAUGUGUAUAUAUAUGUAAUAAAUUUUUUUAGUUAGGAGAGUUAUAAAAAUAAAUUUUUAAUUAGUCAUUAACCUAAGUUUUUAUAUACGUUUCUAUUUAGUAAUAAUUAAAUGCCCAUAUGUGAUUUAUGUGUAAUAUUUAAUAAUUAUUAAUUUUUAAGAAAUUUUAUAAAAUUGCUGUUAU